AUGUCGAUCGGUGCCGCCGUUUUCGCGGUCAAAAAUCGUAUGACAGACCGCAUUUCACACCUGGACGGCGACGCAAAGAAGAACUUUAUCAUGGACGGCUGCUAUGCCAAGAUUGAAUGGUUGACAAUGCUCCGCGGUGGUCGUAGUGAUAAUGGUAAUUUAAUAUCAUUGUAAUGUGCGCGUUGUGUUAUUGUUUAGUUAGCGCCGAUAAAUAAGUGUUUAAAUAGAUCGAUUGAACGUAAUUUCCGUUUCGCUUUUAAAACCGAUAGCGAUUCGGUUUUGGUUUCGAGUUUGACCAUCAAUGGUCGGGGCUUCGCGGUCUUCUUACCCAAACGAGCAGCAUGUUCUAUAGAAAUAUUCAGAUCAUGCUUUUUGAAAAUAGUCUAAACUAGAUUAAUUGGCGAAGAUGCGUCGUUAAUUGGUUCCUCUUCGGCAUUGGAAAUAAUAAUAUUAUUAGAUCUGUCCAUACGUUAGUGCACUUCAGAAACUAUAGAUUUGAAGUCUGAAUCGGGAGCAUUACUAUCCAAUAAAUUAACACGUAGCUGCAAUGCGUUAAUCUGAAUCUUGAGUUUAGAAUUUUCUUUCUUUAAAUUGGUAAUAUCAGAAGUAAGUUCUUCCAAUUUAGUCGUCAUCACAUCAGUUUUGUUUUUCAUUAAUAGACAAUUUAGUAGAAAUGGCGACUAGCUUUGAAUCUUGAGAUUUUAAUAAUCUUGUCACAUCAAAUAAGGAAGGUUCAGAUUUAGCGAACAGACAAGUUAUAAGCGAUUUUGAAGUCUUAGACAUUAAAAGUUAAAAUUGGAAAAUUGGACUGAGAGAUAACAUGUUCACCGUCCGACGGUCGAAUGCAAACUUUUUACUUUUUUAUUUAUUAAUAAUAAAUAUGACACAAUUUACAAAUUAAAUAUCUCCGUUUAUGGCGAAAUGCUCAUUACUCCGCUGAAUAAUAUAUCAUUGAAUAUUAUCAAAAUAUUAUAAAAUUUUUAAAUAAAUAAUAAUUAAUUGUUAUUAUAUUUUUGAAAUUUAAUUUUUCUAUCUGUAAAUUCAAUAAGGUUGAAAUCCCGUCGUCAAUACAAAUCAAAUUUGUUCUCGUGAGACCAUUAACCAGAGUAAUAUAAUAAUAAUAACAAUAAGCGUACAUAGGCUUGAUUCGUGUGCGCAAUUUUUAAGCAUAAAUACCGACAUUCAAACUUGUAAUCGUCAUUGUCAUUGUGGUUGGCAAUGUCAACCGAUAGAUUAUUAUCUGUAUGAAUAUGACGCAAUGUUGAUACUGUACGAAAAUUCAGUUAUUAAUAUUUUUAGGUAAACCGAUUAAUAUGGUGAUCGGGUACUUUAAAACUUAAUCAAAGAGUUAAUAAGAGUUGGUUCAUUUAAAACCUCGUAUUCGAAAAAACAAGAUGAGUUAUAUGUUAAAUCCGUAUUAAAAUUGAAUAUACAAUAAAUAAACGUUAAUAUAUGACACGAACAAUAAACAAUAAUAUUGAUAACAAUGUGAUAUACGUAGUUAGAAUAAAAGCCACUCACUAAUAACCGAUUUUGAAAUUGGAGAUUAAAUAGAUUCUAACUUUCUUAAAAAAAACCAAAUUGAAUUUGAAUGUUAUCUGUUGAACGGUCUUCGAUAUCGACUUUGAGGGCGACAACCUCUCGGUAAAAUUAUGCAACAUACAACGUAUAAUAUUUUAUAUUUUUAUCAGAAAAACGUACAAUAUUGUGAGAUAUUUGCACUAGGCGUAGACACGAUGAAGAAAAAUGUCCAAAUUAUUUUUUUUUUUAUUAAUAUGAACUUAGUAUUGGUUCAAAUCCAAAUUUCGUAUUACAGAAAUUCUUGAAAUAACGUAGGUAUAACAGAAUAUUAAUCAAAUUUUAAAAAAAAUCUUAUUUUUUUUUUAAUUUUUGCUAUUCUCGUGAUACUUGGAUUGCAUAUUUUUUCAGGCCAAUAAGAGCGUCUAGUAGUACCGAAUAAAUCCAUAUUUACGUAGGUAAACGCGCCUAAUAUAUGUUCGGAGCACUAACUAAUGAAGAUAACCAUAACUAAUUUAUCUUAAUAAAUUGUGCCUAACAUACGUAGGUACAAGUGUGCACAUAGCAUUAAAAUAUUGACUGUGUUUCCACACUUAGAUGUCUUAUACUUAUAAUGGAGGUGAGGGGAAACGCACUUACGCAUUAAGAAAAAUAAAAAAGAUAAUAAAAAAAUUACAUUCUUAUAGGACGUGUGCAGAACACGAUUUCGUUUAAGUAUACCACUUACAAUUGAAUUACAAAUAAAUUUAAAUUAAAAACCGUAUUUUGUUAUUAGGUAGGUAUAUUGUCAUUAAUCUUUAGCUACUAGCGCCUGUGCAUAAUAAUAUAAUUUUAUCGUUAAUCGCGUAAUAAUAACUGCGUGUGGUAUCAAAAUAGGUACACAAAAUCCCUACAAUAGCAGUAGGUUAUAAUAUAAUAUAACAAAAUAUGACGAAAUAUCGUAAAAUUCUUAAGCUAUAAUAUUAUAAUACGUCAAUAUGACGUAUAGCUAAUUUAAAUAUAACGUAUACUGAGCAUAAUCUGUGAUCCAGCGUGACGCGCGCAAGACGUACGUCAUUUGGGGUCAUAUUUCUCCCCCGCUCCCAUUCGUUUAAAAACACAACAACUAUGAGAUAUUUAUCUUGUAAUAUUAUCUUGAAAUUAUACAAAAUUACGAGGAAAAAAUUUUGAUUUUUUGCACAAAAAUAGUAUGUUUUUUUGGAAAUGGUCAUAAUCGGGAUAAGUACAACAAAUGAAGAUUCUACGAUUUAUUCAUGGUUAUCUUUUACUAAAAUACAAUAAGAUCAUAGAGAUGGCCGUAGGAGUACCGAAGAUAACACAUUUUGUGAAGGCUCAACUAUGCCCUAUAUUUAAUUACGCCCUUUUACCAGUUUUCGCUCCUAAUUUUUCUGAUUUUUUUUUGAUAUCAUAAAUGUAUUUUUUGAAUUUUAGUGGUACACGCACUUUCAACAAAACACCAUCGAUGUGUAACUGGUACUGCAAACCUAGUGAUGGACUUCCAAAGAAGCGAUGAACGAAUUGACUGGGUAAAACAAUACCGGGAGAAAUUAGGUGUAGUGGAUUGGUUAGAAAGAGUACGCAAUGGCGAGGAGUGA